UUUGCUUCUUCUCUUCAGAUUUUGAACUUUUUGUCUUGAACCAAAGUAGAGAAGGAUAAAAUACAAAUAUGAAGCCCUUUGAAGUGAAGACAAAGACACCUGUUCUUCUUUCUCAAACAAACCAGACCAGUCACCCUGCCACAAAAGGUUUAAAUGACUUCCUAUGCAACAAAAGGCAAGGGACACUCUAUUUUCAUGGGAGCAGGAAACACUUUAAAUUGACCAGUUGUCCAUCAGGGCAGUCCUGCCUAUCUCCCCAGGAAAGUGUUUUCAAGAAAUGUAUGUUAAAGAACUCUGCUUUGUGCAAGGUGGUCCCUUACUACACAACCUUUGUGAGUAGUGCAACUUUGUGGGACAGAAGUAUUUACCACCCUGCUCACAAUCAUCCCCAUCAGAGAUCUUCCUUACUAUGCCCCAGGUUCACAGCUCACAUGAAUUUUUCACUUGGAAUUCUUGAGUCUACUCAAAUGCACAGCACCAAAUUCCAAGGCCUUCCAGUCAAACAGAGUCAACACAAGAACAUUUUCCCAACUCAGAGAAACACCUGGAGAGAUUCAGUCUCUUUUAGAAGAAGACAAAAACAAGUUGUACCAACCAAUAGACCCAUUCACCUUAAAUAUAAAGUUCCAAAAUUACCUCCACCAAGCUUGGCUUCUAGUGAGGAAAAUCUGUCUGAAGCAAUUGUCCAGCCACCUACACCAUCAAUUAGAAACCAGGAGACCCCUUUACCACAGACUAUUAAAACAGAAGAAGAGAAAGUAUCACCUGAGCUGUUACAGACUAACACAGAAAUUGAUGAAGAUACAGAGUUAGAUGAACUAGACAAGCUUAGGAACAGUGUUUCUCCAUUACUUUCUGAAAAAGAACACACUUCCUCAGACUGCAGUAGGCCAACUUCAAGUAUAAAAAGCAACCUGACAUUGUUCAGCUUUGAGAGAGAAACUGAUUGGUCAGCAGAGGCUUCUUCUCACACAGAACUUGAAGCAGCCAGUAGCAGGAGCCAAACAUCUUUCCAACCCAUUCCGCAUAGAGGCUCUCUAUCGGUGGCAAGUGGUUUCUGCGAUGGUUUUAUGAGCCCUCGUUUGAACAGUUCCAGUUACCAUGGUACUGCAGACAUUCUCCAGGAUUCAUCAUAUUCUGUGAAAAAAUGCUCAGGGCAAACAUCUUCUUUCGUAGAAAUUUGGCAUGACCGUUUCCUUCACCACUGGCCUGUUCUUCCACCGAUCUCCCCACAAAGAGCGUGCUCAGAUGCUACCUAUGUUAGGUCUCAGACAUCCAGACUUAGCAGCGGUAUGCAAGAUGCAUUCAAUGAAUUCGAAGGAAUUAAUUCACAAACAGACUUUACUUUGUCCCAGCACAAUGAAGAGAACUCCUCUGAUGAAGACCUAUCAGAUCUCUCAGAACUUUCUCAAAGGGCUGCAUCUUUGAACAUUGGAUGUGUACAGGAAGAUGAAUCACUAGCUGAAAUCAGGCUUUCCUUGUUGGAUCACCAGGGUUGGGAAAAGACAGGCCAAGAUGAGGGUACUCAGAAUUAUGUAGAAGAAUGGUGCAAUGCCUCAGAAGACAUUUCAAGAUAUAAGAUGAAAAAUAUUAUUGGAUCUGCAGCCCCAGAUGCCAACGGCUUCCUGCUUCAUCCUGCACCUGCCUUCUUGAAAGAAAACAAGACAUCAGAUACUUAUUCAAAUAAUGGAAUAGCUGAUCAGUCGAGUAUCUACACAAUAACUGUUGGACUGAAAUCACCAAAUACUCUGAAGAAUGAAGAAAGUUCUUUGUCUACUACUGAUCUAUGCCCAAGUACAGACUUGGAAGUAAAAUCAUCUAUAGCUGGAGACUCUUUAGUUGAAGACUGCUGUUUGUUUUCCCAAUUAACAGUACUGAAAGAACCAGUUGAAGAUUCACAUAAGGAUGUGGAUAGCAUUGGAAAAUCCAGACGACCUAGUCAGCCAAAUAGAGGAAGACCUCCCACACUGGACCACACCAUUCUGCAGGGCAUGGAGCAACAACUACAAGAUGAGGAAAGACAAGCUCAAGUGCUACGUAUUUAUUCAAAACUCCAUGAGACUCAGGUUCCUGCACUGCGAGCACCUGACAUGAAGUCUAUCUACAACUUUGAAGAUUUCGACUUUUUGGCAAAAUACUGCAUCUUCAGCCAGGAGAAGUUGGCGAAGUACAAAAGGGCUUUUGAAGCAGUGGACACUGAUGGAGAUGGAUACUUGAACUGCCUGCAAGUUUUGAUGGCUCUGAAAGAAACUGUCCCUUCAAAUGCACUAACUGAUGCUGAAGAACUUUAUAUAUAUAGGAUCUUAGAGAUUGUUGACUAUUAUGUAACAGAUGGCCUGACAGACCUCCGACUCUUUGCAGUGAUGGCUAGCUUGGCACAGAAAAUAGCAGCACUGGACAAUUUUAUGAGAUCAUUGAUUGGCCGUAUGGAUUUUAAAGCCUUGGAACUGAAAAUGUACAAUGCGAGGCAAUUAUUUCUGUGCAAUAUUGGCUCUCACUCCAGCAGCAUCACAGUGGAUCAACUUUUGGUAGAGCUAAAGGCUGGAGGGAUAAGUGAAGAACACAAGAAAGCCGUGCAGAGAGAACUGCGACACAUCCAGGAACUAGAUCUUCUUGAUUUCUUGACUUACCUGCCACUCUUCAUUCUUAUCCACAACUCAGUCGUGGCCAAUCCACUGGAUGAUUCAAGAACAAUAUGACCUUAGCUAGCAGAAGUGAAGUCGAUGUCUUAUGAAGGCUUCUGAUUUACCAUUUCUCAGUAGUCCCCAUGGAUUGUGGCAUUGGGAAAGAACAACAAAGAUGCAAUUCCAAUCCAUGUGUAAAUACAGCAAGGCCUAAUCUGGAGCCCUCAUUGCCCCCUAGUAGCCCUUACAGGGGUAAAUCCGACAGCAGCUCAAAUACUGAGAUUUGUAAAUGUAAAUUUUGAGGGCACAUCUGGUACCCACAGAGACAGUGGCUGAGCCACAGUCCUGGAAAUGUUUCCAAUAAUUAAACUGCGAUGACAAGAGUAUGAAAACAUUUGUAGACCCAUGGAGCCACAUGUUUUAAGGCCUUGGCAACCACAUUUGUGCUCAAACUGGUGACUUCAUGAAGGUGUCUUGAAUGGGAAGAGUUGGAACCAGAGCUCUGUUGAAAAUCUAGCCUGCUAUCUGCCAUUAUAAUAUAUUUUUUGAUGAUUGUGAUAUACUAAUAUAAUGAGUAGGAAUUCCCCUUUCUCCAUUUAUCUCAGUCAUUGUACUUCAUAGUCUGGUUAGAGUGAGUGGCCUAUAAUUAUUGCACAUCAACUGGUUAUUUCUGGUACGUGGUAAGAAACAGGCGGGAAGCACAAAGUAUUAAUUUUGCCUUUUCAAUCUGAUCAGAAACAUUUUGAAAUGAUAUUGUUAAACUAUUAUUGGGUGAAGUGAGAUAAACGACAUCUGAUUCUGGGUAGUCAGCCACCAAAGGAACCUUGAUCUGCCUAAAAGAGUCAAAAGGAAGAAAAUAUAUCCAACAAUAGCUGAUCCCAGUGGACUUGCAAGGAUGUUGUCUCAUGGGGCGGGAGGGGGGAAGUUGAUGUCAUGUACAGCAGCCUGUAAGACCUUACAGUUGACUCCUAUAGAAUCUUUGCUUUGUCUUCAGUGGGAGUUUUGAUUUACUAAUAUAAGCUGUAGCAAAUGAUUUUCACUGUGUUUUUUGUAGCAGUCACAGGUCCUUCAAAAGGAGAUUGCUGAGAUACCUAAUGCAAAGCACUCUGGACCAAAUCCUCAGCUGGUGGAAAACAAAGUACUGUACCAGCUAAGGCCCUGGCAAUGUAUAUUUGGACCUUACACAUAUUGUUGUGCAUGCCUGCCAACCUUAAUGAGAAUGCAGCAAAUACAUACUGAAGUUGGUAUAUUUAUUGCCUGGAAACAUGACUGGGACUUGCACUCCUCAUUGGCUUAAGCUUUAAAUACCUAUCUAGACUGUUUAAGUAAUAAUAAAAUAAUUCACUUGCACUACAGGAAAGUGAUAGGAUGACUUAAUUAUAUGUUCAGUUGAUCAAUGCAAUGUGAAAACAGGUAAAUCAAUAUUUUAUUGCAUUAUUGUAAACUGCGGCAAGAGCUUAUUAGAUCACAGAUAGCGAACUGACAUUCAAGCGCAUGUAAGUGAAUCAAAUUCUGAACAAACAUUGUUUGUGCAAUUUAGAAAGUUAAUACCUUCCAGUUGAGUAGAUUUGUUUCUAAUGACUAUAACAGCUGUUUGUUUAAAUCACAGGCAUGCAGUAUUCAAACAUGAUCCUAACUCACCUGGGAAUUCAAUUCAGAGCACUUUGUGAGAAGCUGGGUCACAGUGUAUUAAA